UCUCCGGGAACCCCUGGGGAAUCCCCCGCGGGGGACUCGGGCCUCGUGGACCCGGGGAUUGAAUGAAUGGACAGGAAAAGUUCCGGCCUCCCAGCCAAUCAGAGCGCGGAGGAGGGUCUAGCCCCUCGCUACUCAGCCAAUCAGCACAGGGACAGAGUUAAAACGGAGACGCCAGUGUCUCUGAGCCAAUCAGAGCCUGGGGAAUGGGAAAUACCACUGCUCCUAGCCAGUCAGCUCUGGGAGUGGGAUAUACCACUGCCUCUCAACCAAUCAGCUCUGAGCAGGGGCAGGAGGGCGCGCCGGCUCUCGGCCAAUCAGCACCGUGUAACCCCUUCCUGUCCGGCUCUUUCUCCCCGCAGGCAUCCCCUCCCCCCACCGAGAUGAGUUCAAUGAUCUUCAGCCCCUGGGGCAGCGCCAAGCUGGUCCCGGCUCCCAGCCCCGCCCCGCAGGGGGAGCCCGAGGGGUCCGCAGGGGGGGCGCCCGGAGCCGCCGAGGGGAGAGCCCCGUGCGACUGGAGCGAGCAGCUGGAGUUUGGGCAGAGGCGGGACUGCGGGCACCACGUCUGCCAGCAGUGCGAGGGGGACUCGGAGAGUGCCGGGCUCCUGUACUGUGUUCAGUGUUUGCAGGACCGGGAAACGCAGCUGCUCAAGGACGUGGACCGGGUACGUGGAGCUGCGGGGGAUGAUUCCAAAUUCAACCCCAGCCUGGCUCAGCAGGUGCACAUGGUGGAGGAGAGCGAGUCCCUGCCGGGCCCGUCCCACCGGUGCCUCGUGGUGCAGGGGCCGCAGGAGGCCCGGGGGCGGCUGGACCAGCGGCUGGCCGAGGUGGAGGCUCAGCAGAAGACCUUGCAGAACAUCGUGACGGUGCUGAGCCGGGAGAUGGGCAGGCGCGAGGGGGCCAGAGGCUCGGCCAACAGGGGCUCGUCCAACGUCCUGGGGGAAGCCAUGGCCCGCAUCCUGUACCUGGAGGAGAAGGUGGCCAAGCAGGACACGCUCCUGGCCCUCAAGGACGUGAUGAUCAGCAACCUAGGGGCCCGGGUCGAGGCCCUCGAGCACACCUCCUACAACGGGCAAUUUCUCUGGAGGCUCCCUGACGUGAGGCGAAAGAUGCAGCAAGCCCUGUCCAAACAGACACCUGCCAUCUACUCUGCCCCCUUUUACACCGCCCGCUAUGGCUACAAACUCUGCCUCAAGAUUUACCUCAACGGGGACGGCACCGGGGCUGGGACGCACAUCUCUCUCUUCUUGGUGCUGAUGAGGGGCGAAUACGAUUUCUGGCUCAACUGGCCUUUCCAUCUCAAGGUCUCCUUGACGCUCCUGGAUCAAGUCGGCAAGCGUCACUUCUCGCACGCUUUCCAGCCGUCGCCAACCUCCUCUUCCUUCCAGCGGCCCGUGAGCAAGUACAACAUAGCCAGCGGCGUCCCCGAAUUCUUCCCCCUGUACCAGCUCCACGCCCCGGGAGCCACCUACAUCCACGAGGACACCUUAGCCUUCGAGGCCGUGAUCGGCGACACCAACCUCUAGGGUGUGGCAGUUCGCCCUGCGGCCCACAGGACUGGGGCUUGGGCCUCGCUCAGGGUCUAGAGACAUAGCAGACAGCUUGGACUCCCAGGUUGGCGUCUUUCAAGAUGGCCGCCCGCACUGCCUCUCCCCUGCCAAGCUUUCGCCCAAGGUGGCCUCCCACAACGCAUCUCCCCCCACCAAGCCUUUGCCCAAGAUGGCCACCCACAGCAGCCGUCCACCACGCCUCUCCCCCCAACCAAGCCUUCACCCAAGAUGGCUGCCAACACGUCGCUUCCCCUCCGAUGGCUUCAUUGAAGAAGCUGGCCAUGAAAAAUGGAGGCUGACCCUUCUUGGUAACCACCAUGGAAGAGGUUUUCAAGACAAGAUGACCCUUAAGUCUCUUCCAAGAUAUUCAUGGGUGGCUAUAUUCUACUUCCUUUGAAAGCUUGGUCCGAGACGGUGGCCACACCUCAGAGACCAGCUGCACUGACAUUCCUGGGGGCCCUGUUCCCCAGCUCUUAUUUUCGUAGACCCUACACAAAGUCAUACUGAACACGACCUCAGGAGCAAUGUGCCAAGCAGCUCUGGGCUUUUUCAGGAGUCCGAUGAUCCCGCUGGGACGGGGAACAGGAUGGCCAGAAACGGGGCAUUUUUGUAUUCAAUACCCCAAAGCAGAUUGGUAUAUUUAAGAGGGAAAAUAUUUGUAACUAAAUUAAACUCUUAUUUAUUUAGUUGA